CUAAGGUUUACGGUUACGCAUACGCAGCUGUUAUGUUUGCUGAACGUAACAUAUCCCAACACGUUCUUUUAGCAGAACCAACCCAUUGGAUGGCACAAUGUCACGUGACUUUCCCCGCUAAUUCCUGACAGCCAGUCCAACUGCGCGCUCUGCUUCUGAUCUGUAGGCAUGGCAGCUGUUGGAGUGGAGCCUCCGAUUUCUGGGGAAGCAGAUUCCGCAGUGGAAGGAGCCGCUGCUACCACAACCACACAAGCUGACGGGGACCCCUCCCUAGCACAAGGAAUUCCGUCGGCACAACAAAAGCACGUUAAGCUUCCACUGUCUCGGGUGAAAGCAAUCAUGAAGGCGGAUCCGGAUGUUACACUGGCCAGUCAGGAGUCAGUGUUUGUAAUCACCAAGGCGACGGAGCUGUUCAUUGAGACAAUUGCUAAAGAUGCAUAUAUAUAUGCACAGCAAGGAAAGAGAAAAACCCUGCAACGGAAAGACCUGGAUAAUGCAGUAUUUGCCAUUGAUGAAUUUGCUUUUCUGGAGGGUACUUUGGAUUGACCCUCCUUGGAUGUUAUGUGCAGCUGGAAUCAAAUCUGAGCCUGGCGUUUGUUAUACAUGUAUAUUGUAUAUUUAUAUUUUUAUUACGUUUUAAAUGCACAUAUAUUUUGUGUUUUGUAUUAUAAAACAUCAAUUUUGGUAUCAUUGUUGGUAGGCAAUGUUUCUCUCAAACAUAUGAUUCUUCUGACUCCAGAUAAUCUGUGCUCCUAUGGAGUGCUGGAUGUAUUCUCUACUGUUAAAAUAAAUAAAAUAUUUUUUUCAUGUGC